AUGUGGUCAGUGUAUGGUCAGCAGACGGCCCAGAGCCCUGCACAUCUGCUGGGGUGGGGCAAUCACCCCCCCAGGGAACAGGGACAGGCACUGGGACAGAACCUUCCAGAGACACCCCCCCUCCCUGUAACCCCCCCACCCAGAGCUUCCACUGUCGUCCACUUCAUCAACAGCAGCUCCGAGCCUCCUGCAGAUUUCCAAAUGACUUCCACACUGCAACAGGAGAACACCUCUGUCUGUGAGGGCUGCUCCAGCACGGGCCACUCAGGGACGGGGGGGGAGAGGGGGGGAGAGGGGGGGGGGGUGGGGGGGGGGGUUCCACUGACCCUAAUUAUGAAUUAUUAA